AUGCGAAGCACCCAAGGUGUUUCUGUGUGGCCUGUGGGAUUUGUGGGUGGCCGAGCAUACGAGCGCCCCCUGGUGUCAGGGGGUAAAGUUGUGGGCUGGUACACCGGUUGGAGACCGGACAGACCCUUCGCCACAGAUAUGGCAGGUUUUGCCGUGAAUCUUCAGGUCAUCCUUGCUAACCCGCGUGCGCAGUUCAAGCGGGGAGGCUCCCAGCCCGGGAUGCAAGAAUCCGACUUUCUUAAGCAGAUCACCAAGGUGUCCGAGCUGGAACCCAAGGCAAACAACUGCACACGGGUGCUGGUUUGGCACACUCGCACAGAGAAACCUCACCUCGCCAAUGAGGCCAAACACCGGAAGGACUCGGUGCUCAUCGAGGUGUGA